UCACGCACGCGCGCCACGGAGCUAUAGCCAGCCAGCGCCUAACCGUAGCUCCUCCUAGCUAGCUCUCCUCCACCGCUCCGGCGGAGAGAGCGAGAGAAUCUCGCCGAAGUAACGGAGAAGAAACAAUGUCCGAGGACGGGAGAGGGGGCGCCAAGGAUGUCGCCGAGAAGAAGAAGGCGAAGCAGGGCGGCUUCAGGACCAUGCCGUUCAUCCUAGCAAACGACUUCUGCGACCGGCUGGCGACGGUGGGGUUUGGCUCGAACCUGAUCACAUACCUCACCCUGCAGCUGCACCUACCGCUCGUGGAGGCCUCCAACAUACUCACAAACUACCACGGCACCACCAAUCUCACCCCUCUCGUCGGUGGCCUCAUCGCCGACUCCUUCGCCGGCCGCUUCUGGACCAUUACCGUCGGCUCCAUCAUCUACCAGCUCGGCAUGGUCUGUCUCACCCUCUCGGCCGCGCUUCCCUCGCUCCGCCCGCCGCCCUGCGCGAAGCACGCCGUCGAGUGCCAGCGGGCCUCCACCUACCAGAUCGCCGUCCUCUACCUGUCGCUGCUCGCCACGUCCAUCGGCUCCGGGGGCACGCGGCCAUGCAACAUGGCGUUUGGAGCCGACCAGCUCGAGCUGGACGCGCGCAAGCGCCGUGGCGGCAAGGCCCCCAUGUGGAGCUUCUUCAACCUCUACUUCUUCGGCAUCGAGCUCGCCAAGCUCAUGGCGGUCACCGUGGUGGUGUACAUCCAGGAGAACGUUGGGUGGGGGUGGGGUCUCGGUGUGCCCACCAUCGCCAUGUUCGUCGCCGUGAUCGGCUUCGUGUCCGGGUACUCGCUGUAUGUCAGGAUGCCGCCCGGCGGCAGCCCUCUGGUCCGGCUGGCGCAGGUCGCGGCGGCCGCGUUCAAGAAGAGGAAAGCCGUUUUGCCAGACCCCGACCUCCUGUACGAUGACAAGGUGCUCGACGCCGGCAUCUCGACCACUGGCCGCCUUCUCCACACCGACCAGCUAAAGUUCUUUGACAAGGCGGCGAUAGUGAUGGAGGGCGACGUGCUGCCUUCCGGCGAGCCGAAGCUGUGGCGGCUGUCGACGGUGCACCGGGUGGAGGAGAUCAAGUCGAUCGUGCGCAUGCUACCCAUCUGGGCGGCGGGAAUCCUGAUGGUGACCGCGUCGUCGCACAACAGCAGCUUCGCGAUCCAGCAGGCGCGCACCAUGGACCGCGACAUCACGCCGAGCUUCAAGAUCCCGCCGGCCUCCAUGCUCAUCUUCAACAACCUGGCCAUGCUGGUCACCCUGGCCUUCUACGACCGCGUGCUCGUGCGCGUGCUCCGCCGCUUCACCGGCCGCCCCAACGGCAUCACCCACCUCCAGCGCACGGGCGUCGGCAUGACGAUCGCCAUGCUGGGGAACGUGGCCGCCGCGGCCGUCGAGAAGAGGCGCAGGUCCGUGGCCGCCGCGAGCGGGAUGCUGGACGCGCCCAAGGGCGCCAUGCUGCCCAUCAGCGUCUUCUGGCUGGUGCCGCAGUACGCCAUCCACGGCGUGGCCAACGCCUUCAUGGACGUGGGGCGCAUGGAGUUCCUGUACGACCAGGCGCCCGAGAGCAUGCGGAGCACCGCGGCGGCGCUCUACUGGCUCACUAUCUCGGCGGGGAGCUACCUGGGCACGGUGCUCGUGACCAUCGUGCACGAGAAGACGCGGGGGAGCGGGCAGUGGCUCCAGGACAACCUCAACAGAGGGAAGCUCGAUAACUACUACUGGCUCGUCGUCGGGCUGGAGGGGCUCAACCUGAUUUACUUCUUCGUCUGCGUCAAGUACUACACCUUCAAGCCAUUGGAGACGGUCGGAUGCGACGAGGAGGUCGAGCCCUACGAUGGCAAUGCCAAUGGCACCAACAAGGACAAGAAGGGUGCCAGCUUCAAUUCACGGACAAGCUAGAUUGUGCGUUUGGACCUCUGUCCCGGGCUAGAAGAUGACUUGCGUUGGGAUAGAAUAAUGGUACAAUCACAAUUAGAAAAUGUAUCUUUUACAUGAUAUAAAAGAGGUAUGCUAAUUCUCAGGUGAGAACUAGCUUAAUCUA